AAAAAACCACUUUAUCAACCUCAAAACAUCCAACACCAUCAUCAUGAAGGUUCAAGUCGCUUCCGCUGCUGGUCUCCUCUUGGCUGGCCAAGCUCUUGCCGCCCCCCGCCUCGUUCACGAAGUCCGUGACGUGAAGACCGCGGCCUCUAUCAUUGCCGAAGUCGCCCCCUCUACCCGAGACUGCGCUGCUGGCGGUGAGUGUGUCACUGCCGACGUCAUCGGACCCCUACUGGUCUCCCACAUGCAGCAGUACGGCAUCUACAACCCGGCUCAGAUGGCCGGCAUCAUCGCCCUGACGGCCUUCGAGUCCGUCGAGUACACGUUCAAGCACAACGUGUCCCCCGGCCGCCCCGGCCAGGGUACCUCGAACAUGCAGAUGUUCAACUUCAACCUCAAGUACGCGCAGUCCAUCCCCGAGCUCAAGGACAAGGUUGCCGGCAUCACAGAGGAUGCCCCUGAUGACAAGAAGAACGAGGUCCUCUCGCUCGUCAACGACAACAAGUACAACUUCGGCAGCGGCCCCUGGUACUUCAGCACCCAGUGCGGCGCUGACGUCAAGGAGGCCCUCAAGGCAGGCGAUGAUGCUGGUUUUGCCGCCUACAUGCGCUGCGUCGGUGUCACUAUCGACUCUGGCCGCCAGGGCUACUGGGACGCCGCCAGGAAGGCUUUCGGCCUCAUGUAAAAACCGUUUUUUAUAUAUUUUUUUUGGAUACUAUGCAUGUAAGGGACGAUGUACGAGGCACGGAAGUUGUCAGAUCAUACAGGCGUUUUUUUAGGUAUUGCUUUAUUGCAUCAUCAACAUGAUCAUCAUAGCAUCUAGUGGGGGGAUAUCUUAGCGAAGGUUGCUAUUUUAUAGGGUUUGCACUUAUUCGAUUCUCAUGUAUAUUCAAUAUUUGAUACAUAGGUAUUUAUAUAAAAAUCUACGUGGUCUGAUGAUAUUCGCUGGUAUUCCAUAAUUCAUCUUUUUUUCCCUCGUCUUUAUGACAUGAGUUUAUAAUACCAGCUGUUUUGCUUAACUCGGAAAUUCGUAGUUAUGUUUACGCCAUAUGAAUUAUAAAUUGCAAAGGAAUCC